AUGGGGUCGGCCGCAUUCACUCUCGCGCCUGCCCUUCGUCUCGCGCUCGUCGUGCUCCUCGUCUCCAGCGCGCUGCUCCUACCAGCCGAAUCGGAAUUGGUCGGAAAAUCCGAAACUCCCAGGAAGCGCGUGUCCCUCACGCUCCCCGCCCACGCGCAACGCAGACAGCAGCAGCUGCGCGCCGCCACCGCCGUCGUUCGCGGCGGCCCCGGCGGGGCCAAGAUCGUGUCAGCCGUCGGCUUUCCCCUCGUCCGUUCCUCCUCCGCAUCUGACGGCGCCUCCGGCGGCGCCGGCACCGCCGCCGCCACGCCGGCCGGCAGCGCGCCAAUCAAGUACCACGGCGGGCCGGUGAUGGUGGGCAAUCCGGCGGUGAACGUGUACCACAUCUACUACGGCAGCUGGGGCGCGGGGUCGGGCAAGGACGUGAUCGACACGUUCGUGCAGGCGCUGGGCAGCGACUCGGGCAGCCAGGGCAGCGCGGGGGACGCGAGCGUGAAGGCGUGGUGGGCCAUCAGCGCCGCGUACUACCAGAACGAUGCUGGCGGGAAGAAGAACGUGAGCUCCAAGGUUCGGCUGGCGGGAACAGUGGUGGACAACUAUUCACGCGGCAAGCAGCUGUCGGACGCAGACGUGCUCACCAUUGUGAAGAGCAAGGUGGGGGGGGGCAAGCCGUUGCCUCUGGACGCACAGGGCAUCUACGUGGUGCUGCCCAGCGCCGACGUCACGCUCCCCGGCUUCUGCUCCGAGUACUGCGGGUGGCACACGCAGGACUCGCUCAACUCCACGCCUCUGCGCUACGCCUUUGUGGGCCACCACGGGCAGUGCCCCGGCGAUUGCGGGGUGAAGAGCACGUCACCCAACGGCAAGCCUGCCAUCGAUGCUAUCAUCUCCACGCUCGCGCACGAGCUCACCGAAGCUGCCACCGACCCGGACACGAAUGCGGGGUGGUUUGACGCCGACGGCGAGGAGAACGCAGACAAGUGUGCAUGGGACUUUGGCAACACCAAGACGGGAUCCCUGCAGAACGGGCAGAGCUACGAGUACAAUGUGGUGGGGCUGAAUGGGAUGAAGUUCCUGGUGCAGCUCAACUGGGACCGCGUCAAGAGCAAGUGCGUCCUGCAGAACGCCCUGCCCGCUGACAGCAGCGGCGGCGGGGGCACUCCCUCCCCUCCCCCCCCACCUCCCCCGACUGGAGGCCCGCCUCCCCCGACUGGAGGCAGCGUGAAGAUGAAGUGUGACUGCAACUGUGCUAGUGCCAGCAACCCCAUGAGCUGCCAGUGCUCCUGCACCAAGACAGGGUGA